AUGCCUGUAGCCCGCGCUCGCCUCCUAGCGCUCUCGCCUCCCGCCGAGCUGCGGCCGGCGCACACGCUACUCAACGGCCAGUGCUUUGGCUGGCGGCCGCACGAGCACCGCGUCGACGAGUAUGUCGGGGUUCUCGGCCGGCGCGUCGUCUCGAUCCGGCAGACCACGAGCGGCACCGAGUUUGCGGCGAUGCACGGGCGGCCCGAGGGGCUCGAGGAGGAGCUGAUCGACUACUUCCAGCUUCGAACGCCCCUCUCCUCGCUCUACGCGCAGUGGGCCAGCGCCGGCUGCCGGCGGAUGGAGGCGAUCUCCCGCUCGCUGCCCGGGCUGCGGAUCCUGCGGCAGGAGCCGUGCGAGUGCCUCUUCUCCUUCAUCUGCUCGAGCAACAACAACGUGCCUCGCAUCACGCUCAUCCUCGACCGGAUGCGCGAGCGAGAGCUCGGCCUCGGCUACCGCGCAAAGUUUGUGCGGAACGCGGCCGUCAAGCUGGUGGCGGCUGCGGAGCGAGAGGGGUUCGAGAGCGGCGCGGCGUACCUGCUCUCGCUCCGCAGCCGGCCGCGGCCGGAGGUGAUCUCCGCACUCCUCGCCCUCGACGGCGUCGGGCCGAAGGUGGACGCGAUACCGGUCCGCUCGCACAGCGGCGCAUCGGCGGCACCGCCUGCAGGCGCUUGCCUCUCACCCUUCCAGGAGCCGCCUCUCGCGUAG